CAAAUGUAAAGCAGAAAUGCUAUGCGUCUAAUGACAUACAACGAAAAGCUCAUGAUUGGCUGUUCACCAGUGAUGUCACACAUUCAUGUGCACGCGAUCCACAAACUUAGGAUCAAUCCUGAGUUGACAAAGAAGGUUGAUGAUCAGCAUCAUGGUACCUACAAAGCCGGAUUGGAGUAGUUUGGUUUUGUCAACUCGAAACUAAUCCUGUAACUCUGAAUUUGUUCAUCUACCAUCAUGGAACAGGCCCCAGACUCUGACCUGUGCAGUUUCAUGAAGACAGAAUGAACCAUGGAGGACACACAACCAUUUAGCGAUGGAGAUUUUCCUCCUGGAUGCAGUAAAUUAUGUGUGGAGAGAUCAAACUCACCAGAGCCCAGCUGUGUGUCCAUGAAGAGUGACGAAUCUAUGGAUAUACCAUUAAAAUUUGCUGGAAGACACACAUCAACUGAUCUGAGUCGAUUCCAGAAGAAAGAGCGAUCAAACUCACCGGAGCCCAGCUAUGUGUCCAUGAAGAGUGGCGAGUCUAUGGAUAUACCAUUAAAAUUUGCUGGAAGACACACAUCAACUGAUACAAGUCGAUUCCAGAAGGAGCGAUCAAACUCACCGGAGCACAGCUAUGUGUCUAUGAAAAGUGGUGAGUCUAUGGAUAUACCAUUAAAAUUUGCUGGAAGACACAAAUCAACUGAUCCGAGUCGAUUCCAGAAAGAGCGAUCAAACCAACCAGAGCCCAGCAGUGUGUCUAUGAAAAGUGGUGAGUCUAUGGAUAUACCAUUAAAAUUUGCUGGAAGACACAAAUCAACUGAUCCGAGUCAAUUCCAGAAAGAGCGAUCAAACCAACCGGAGCCCAGCAGUGUGUCUAUGAAGAGUGGCGAGUCUAUGGAUAUACCAUUAAAAUUUGCUGGAAGACACAAAUUAACUGAUCCGAGUCGAUUGCAGAAGGAGCGAACAAACCCACCAGAGCCCAGCUGUGUGUCCAUGAAGAGUGACGAGUCUAUGGAUAUACCAUUAAAAUUUGCUGGAAGGCACACAUCAACUGAUCCGAGUCGGUUCCAGAGAGAGCUAUCAAACCCACCGGAGCCCAGCUGUAUGUCUAUUAAGAGUGAUGAAUCUAUGGAUAUACCAUUCAAAUUUGCUGGAAGACACACAUCAAUUGAUCCGAGGGAAAAAUCAAUCCCACAAGAGCAGAGUUGUGAGUCCAUGGGUGGAGAUGGGUCUAGGGCAAUGCUUGUAACAUAUAACGGAGAAUCUAUUCUGAGUGCCAGAUUGAAAUCAAAUCUGCUGAAGAAGUUUCAGUGUCUGUAUGAAGGAACAGCAAAGCAGGGAAACCCAACACUCCUGCAUGAGAUCUACACAGAGCUCUACAUCACAGAGAGUGAAAGUGGAGAGAUCAGUAAUGAGCAUGAGGUGAGACAGAUUGAGACACAAUCCAGGAGAGCAGCAAAAGAGGACACACCAAUCAAAUGCAAUGACAUCUUUAGACCUUUAUCUGGAAAAGACAAAGCCAUCAGAACUGUGCUGACAAAGGGAGUUGCUGGCAUUGGAAAAACGGUCUCUGUGCAGAAGUUCAUUGUGGACUGGGCUGAAGGGAAAAAGAAUCAAGAUAUCCAGCUCAUAUUUCCACUUCCUUUCAGAGAACUCAACUUGAUGAAGGACAAAAAACUCAGUCUUUCAGAUCUUCUUCAUGUAUUUUUCCCUGAAACAAAACAACUGAAAAUAUCCAGUGAUGAAUAUAAAGUGUUGUUCAUCUUUGAUGGACUGGAUGAGUGUCGUCAGUCUCUGGAUUUUCAGAGCAAUGUGAGGUUGUGUGAUGUAAGUGAAUCAACCUCAGUGGACGUGCUGCUGACAAACAUCAUUGCGGGGAAUCUGCUUCCCUCUGCUCUCAUCUGGAUCACCUCUAGACCAGCAGCAGCUGAUCUCGUCCCCUCUGAGUUUGUCCAUCGAGUGACAGAGGUACGAGGCUUCAAUGAACCACAGAAGGAGAAAUACUUCAGGAAGAGAAUCAGUGAUCAGAGUCUGGCCGAUACAAUCAUUACACACCUGAAGUCAUCAAGGAGCCUCCACAUCAUGUGCCACAUCCCUGUGUUCUGCUGGAUCUCAGCCACUGUUCUAGAGAAGAUGUUGAGUCCAGCAGAGAGUGGAGAGAUUCCCAAGACUCUCACUCAAAUGUACACACACUUCCUGAUCAUUCAGACCAAUAUCAAACAUGAGAAGGACUAUGAGAAGAAAGUCAAAGAUGAAGACAUGAUUGUCAAACUGGGGAAACUGGCUUUUGAGCAGCUUGUGAAAGGCAACCUGAUCUUCUAUGAGGAAGACCUGAGAGAGUGUGGCAUUGAUGAGACAGAAGCAUCAGUGUACUCAGGAUUGUGCACUCAGAUCUUCAGAGAGGAGUUUGGCUUGAAUCAGUGGAAAGUCUUCUGCUUUGUUCAUCUGAGCAUUCAGGAACAUCUAGCAGCUCUGUAUGCACAUUUUUCCUUUACAAAUGACAAAAUCAGUGUCUUUGACCAAACUAAAGAACGUCUGUUGUCUAAGGUUUUAAACCAGAAGAAAUGUAAUUUAAUAUCUGAGCUGCAUCAGAGAGCUGUGAAUAAUGCUUUACAGAGUAAGAAUGGACAUCUGGACCUUUUCCUGCGUUUUCUUCUGGGUCUCUCAUUGGAGUCCAGUCAGACUCUCUUACGAGAACUACUGACACAGACAGGAAGCUGCUCCUACAACAAUGAGGAAACAGUUCAGUUCAUCAAACAGAGAAUUAGGGAGAAUCGCUCUCCAGAGAGAUCCAUCAAUCUGUUUCACUGUCUGAAUGAACUGGGUGAUCGUUCACUGAUGCAGGAGAUCCAAGAUUAUCUGAGACGUGGAGAAAUAGGAGAAACCAAACUCUCCUCUUCACAGUGGUCAGCUCUGGUUUAUGUGUUGCUGACAUCAGAGCAGGAGAUGGAUGUUUUUAAACUAAAGCAGUUUAUUGGAGCCCAAAAUACAGCAGAUGAAGUUCUUCAGAAGCUGCUGCCUGUUAUUAAAGAAUCCAGAUUUGCUUACUUGAGUUAUUGUGGUGUCACAGAUGAAGGUUAUGCUGCUUUGGCUUCAGCUCUGAGAUCAAACCCUUCACAUCUUAGAUGUGUGGAUCUGACUGGGAACAAUCUAGGAGCAUCAGGAGUGAAUCUGCUCUCUGAUGGGCUGAAGGAUCCUCACUGUAAACUCGAGAACCUGUGGUUGAGUUAUUGUGGCAUCACAGAUGAAGGUUGUACUGCUCUGGCAUCAGCUCUGAGAUCAAACCCCUCACACCUGAGAGAACUGUAUCUGUCUACAAAUAAACUAGGAGAUUCAGGGGUGAAGUUGCUCUCUGAUGGACUGAAGGAUCCUCACUGUCAACUGGAAACACUGUGGCUGAGUAAUUGUGGAGUCACAGAUGAAGGUUGUGCUGCUGUGGUUUCAGCUCUAAAAUCAAACCCCUCACACCUGAGAGAACUUUAUCUCUCUGAAAAUACACUAGGACACGUAGCAGUGAAUAUGCUCUGUGAACUACUGAAGGAUCCUCGCUGUAAAUUGGAAACACUGUGGUUGAGGAAAUGCGGUCUCACACGUGAAGGUUGUGCUGCUCUGACUUCAGCUCGAAAAUCCUCCUCACGCCUGAGAGAACUGAAUCUGUUUGAAAAUAACCAAGGAACAUAUAACUAAGUUGUAGUCUGGUCUGAAGGGUUUUUUAACCACAUUAUAACCUGAAGACAUGUUUACAGUAAGAAUCAAGUAUAUUAAUGUUUCUUUUUAUCUUUUAUCUUUUUUUUUUCGUAUAGGGAGGAUCGGCUCUGCUUUCAGACACCAUGAGUUUCUGAAAUAACUACAAUUGCGAUCUGAUGGGAUUUCUGUUCAUUGUGUGAGGCAGAGAUUUAUUAUAUGCAGUACUAAAUGCUACGUAUUCUAACCAUCGGGAUUGUAAUAAAUAUACACUGCUUAUUUAUUAUUUAUUUAUUAAAUAUACAGUGUAAUUCACUGCUGAAAAUACCAGAGACCCCUGGAAGAACUUAGACGAAUCCUAUAUGAUUAUAAUUGUGUAUUUAUUUGGUUUCUUGUUCUGUCUUUGUCCUGUGUCUUUGUUGAUAUUGGACUUCUGCAUAUGUAAUAAAUUUCAUAUCCGUUUAAUAACUCGUAUAACUCCGGGUUUUCGGUCUGUGAGCUCCCUCUUUUGCUUUGGCUGAAAGGAUAACAGUAUAGUGAGGCAGGA